AUGCGACAAGGCGACUUUAAGCACUUCGCCGCCGUAUCUCUUCUAAAGGCAGACCCUGUCAAGUUGAGGACCGUUACCGAUUGGUUCAAUUGGCUUUUUGUAUUCGACGAUCAGCUUGACGAUAGGCCGCUUAGCUUGCAGAAAGAAGAAGCCUGUCGCUACAUCGAUAGGACUCUCGCCUUGCUAAACGGCAGUCAGUCUGAGCAAUACGGUGCAAUCCAGCCCAUCCGGCAGGUGAUCCAAGGCGUCUGGAAGCGAGUCCGAGAAGUGAACAAAAGACUCCAAGUGCUCACUGGGUUCGCACACCUCCGAGCUGUUAAGGCGCCGCUGAUCUAUCUCAUAGACUCUAAACUGCGUUGGCUGGAGCAUACCAGAGAAUACUUCACCGCACUGGGGAAGUCGAUCGACUUUGAGCCGAGACCUUCGCUGCAGGAGACCAUUGCUGGAUUCAUGGAGUACCACAUCCACACGUUCGCGAUGCUUUCUCUGUUUAGUUUCGUCGACGUCAACGACUGCGUCUCUUAUCACAGGGAAAAGGGGGCCUACGAUGAAGCGCACAAGAUGCUGCGCGCGAGCCACGAGCUGUGGCAUCUGACCAUGGCUGACGCUCCCGUGUGGGGCGAGAAAAUCGACGCGGGAGAUCUCGCGCUACGUACAGGCAUUCAGGAUGUGGCGUUGGCGAAUGUGAAUUGGAGCUUCAUAACCGAGCGGUAUUUUGGGAAAGAUUGCCACCAGGUUCGCGCGACUAGGAUUCUCGAGAGCAGGGUGGACUGGUUGCCGGGUGUCUUGCUUCCUGAGCCCCGUGAGGUCGAGGCACCUAAGAGUAACAACGCCGUCGAUCAAGAGGACGAGCCGACGGGGAUGGUGGAGAGCUCGGCGCCGAAAGUUUUGUAA